AUGGGAGCAGACCAGAGUGAUGCAAAUGAAAUGAAGACAUCAUAAUAGUACCAAAUGUUCUUACUUUCCUACUCUAAAGAAAGAGAAUCUGAUCAUAACUAAUUUGGGUUAGUAAAGUUGUACAACCACAAUUAAAAUAAUUCUAUGAUUUGUAUUAAGAAAUUAUAGGCAAAAAGUGAGACAGAAUUAACAUAGAUAACAAACCAUUUGAGGAAGAGGAAAAUUUAUGUGCACCCUAAUUUAGUCCAAUUAUUGGCUGUGAGAACUAGCAAUGAAUAAUCAAUUUGUUCUGAUUCUAGUUUAGUAAUGGUGAUUUCAGAGUUUUUUCCAGAUUCAUUGGAUAGUGAGUUAAAAAAGAGAAGGCAGCCAGUAAAGAGAUAUCCUGAAUCCCAUAUUUGGCUAUUGAUAUAAUAAAUUGUAGAUCCUUUAGCAUUUUUGGAAGACUAGAAGUAAGUGCAUGGAGAUAUCCAGCCUUAGAAUAUUUAUUUAGAUGAGAAUGGAAGUGUAAAACUGGCAGAAUCUAAUUAUUUUCCUGGAGGGUAAAAUGGAUUUUAGAAAAUGCUAUUAAUUAAGGAUAAAGCCUAUCUUUCUCCAAUCCUAUUGGAUAACUAUAGAAACAUGAAUUUUAAAGCACAACACAAUGAAUAUAAAAGUGAUGUAUUCUCUUUUGGGAUGACUUUGCUUGAAGUUCUUCUCUUAGAAGAGUCAUAUGAUUGCAUGGAUUUUCAGAAUGGAUGUAUAAUAUAAAGCUUGGUUGAUUCAAAGUUAUAAAAAGUAAGGAGAUUAAACUAUUCAUAAUUAUUAACUAAUUUUGUAAGAGAACUAUUACAAAUUGAAGAAAAUUAAAGACCAAGUUGGAGUGAUUUGAAAUAAGUAAUCGAUUAAUUCAGGGAUAAAAUCUUCAAUUUGAUACCAUUUUAUCAAGAAAAACGAUAGAUGUCUCCUAAUAAAGUUGUUUAUUAAUCAAGCUAUGCGCCUCAACAAUAAAUAUUGAGUUCACCCUAAUCAAAAAUACUCAGUUCUCCUAGAUAACCAUAAGUGUUAUAUCAGACAUAUCAUCAGCCAUAACCAUUAUAUUAAACUAAGCAAAUGCCACAAAUACCCAUGCAAUAAUCAAUAUAUUUUGAAUCAGGCUAGAAACAAGUACCAAUAAAGAAGAUAACAAAAUUAGAAGAUUCAGCCUCUAAAUAAAUACAAUAACCAGAAAACAAUUUAGAAAAGACUACUUUAAAAUAAUCUGACACUAAAUGA